AUGGGACAGGGCAGCUUUCAACAUGCCUGCAGCGUUCUGGAGGCAACUCUCAUUUCCUCGACAGUCUUUGAGACGGCAGAGAAGCAGUACAGCUUCCAAUGCAGUUCCGGCAUUUUGCUGGAGGCAUUGGAGUUUAUGGCGCUCCCCACGUCAUGGUCAGCCUUUCCGUGCACCGUGCAUGGAGGAGAGCCAUGCUCAAUCUCGGCGGGAGUGCAAAGUGCGUGGCAGGCGAGCGGCGAGCACGGGCGAUCCCUUCGCCUGGACUCCGAGACCUUCGACAGCCAGGCAGACCACAUGGUCUGCAAGAGCUUUCUGCAUCAUAUUUUGCUCUCGCCCGUGACUGCACCAUGCCUAGCGUUGCCUCGUGGGGUGGUGCACAAGCAGCUGUGA